AUGUUUGGCACCUGGGCAUACAAGAUCAGCAAGGCCGAGUAUGCGCGCAAGCUGUUCAUGCAAACCGACCUGUUCCAGAAGGUGGACAUUGUGCGCAUGAUGCCACACAACCUUGGCCCGCGUGUCUCAGGUCUCUCGCUGUCGUUUGAGAACGGCGACAGUUACCGCGGCCACCGCGCCGUAGUGAACCCAGCGUUCCGGCGCUCUUGGCCAUCUCACUUGUUCCAGACCCCAAUGAUGGAGCUGAUGGACGUUUUGGAGCGCGAGAGUGCCAAGCCCGUCGACGUCCUGCUGUGGUUCCGGCGCGGCACCCUGGAUGUGCUUGGUCACAUCAUCAUGAGCUUUGACUUCCGCGCCCUGCGCGACCCGAACAACAAGAAGCGCGCCAUGUACGACUCGCUGCUCGAGGCCAUGCUGCACCCGCUGUAUAACAUGUUCCCGUGGCUGGACUUGAAACUGGUCUGGUGCGGUCGAAAGCGCGCUCAAUCCUUUGCCAACUUGAAGAAGUUCCAUCGGUUCAUCGAGAAGACCAUCGAGGAAAAGCGACUGAAGCUCUUGGCAACGGGGACGCUGGGUGAGACGGAGCGCGACAACUCUGACUUGCUGACGCUGAUGAUUGAGGCACAUGAGCACACCAAGGUCCACGGCGCGUAUGACGAGAAGGGCAAGCUUCUGCCGUCAAUGACCACCGAGGAGCUGCGCAACAACACUAUUAUUUUCUUUGUUGCCGGGCACGAUGCAACCGCCUACGGUAUGAACCACAUGCUCAUGGAGCUUGCCUUGAACCCCGAUGUGCAGCAGUGGGCGCGCGAUAAAGUCAUCAGUGUCAUUGGCGAUGCUCCCGAUGCCUUCCCCACCGACGAGCAGCUGGCCGAGCUCUCUGACCUUGACAUGAUUGUCAAGGAGUCGCUCCGCAAGAACAGCGUCGUGUCGGAUGUGCGCCGUGUGCUGACAGAGCCUGUCACCCUGGGAAAGUACACUCUGCCCAAGGGAUCCUGGGUCAUGGUCGACCUGUGGGCGAUGCAGCACAACCCCGAGUACUAUCCGAACCCCGACAAAUUCAUUCCCGAGCGGUUUGCAUCUUCGGCCAGGGAAAACGGGCACCCGAAUGUACCGUUCACUUGGGCGCCGUUCAGUGAGGGCAGCCGCAAGUGCAUCGGGCACAAGUUUGCACUGCUUACUCAGCGCAUUAUGCUGGCACAUCUCGUUCACCGUUUUGUCUGGCGCUUGCCUGCAGGAAGCCCGUUUCUAACAAAGCCGCGAACCUCAACGUCAGGUCUUAUCUCGCCAAUUGGUCUCGAGCUGGAGUUUGAGAGCCGUCACAAGUAAACAAGCCUACCUACGGCCAUUUCAACAUGUUAUGCAGGUGGAUAUGCGUUUAUUUUUAGAUUCAGCUGCUGCAAGCUACCCAGCAUAUUUAGCGAAAUGACAACAACUUCAAUAAAGCAGCUGUCUACCUGCGCUAUCUCAUACUCCAUGUACCAGCAAUUGCAUCUGCAUCGAUACAUCAACCAUUCCAGAACGAACCGCUAUAUAAUUAGCACAGGUCAUGCAGAAUGCUGCUUUAAAUAGAUGCGCCUGUACCAGGACCCACGAGGUUGCUUAGUUGGGAACAUUCUAACAGCAUCCUUUGUAAAAGGCAGCUCUGUUCUUUGAGUCAAGCAUGCCUUUAUAUGCAGCACGAU